AGAGAGCCGGCAGCCCCCAACGCGAAAGCUGCUGCCGAGCUAGUUCGAACGUUUUAAAGCUAUCGACACAAAAAGGCAGACAGACAGACAGACAGAAAUAGAGAGAGAGAGAGAGAAAGAGGGAGAGAGAAUCGUUAUAGUAAUAAGGAAAGAGUUAACGGAAGCCUGUUUAUUCAACGAUGUCAAGGCACAAUUGUUAGCUUUUUUUAAUCUCUUCGAUAAAUUCAAAAAACUUUUCUCUCUAGUGUCUCGUGACACGGCCUCUCUCUCCCCCUUCUACGUAUACACAUAUAUAUACACACAUAGCGGACAGACAGAUACGUAUAUACACACGGGAUCGUGUGCAACACGAAGGGGAGACCGCGUUCGCGCCACCUGACGUCUCUAAGCUUCGCACCGACAACGGCCUGUCAAACGUCAAAAAAUAACGAUCGAUCGGAGAAGAAGCGGUACUUCUGAUCCUGAAGCCUUGUCGUUCUCAUCAUCGUCGUGGUAAUUUCAUAUUUUGUUUUGGAAGGAAGUACCUUCCAGGAUACGUCGAGUAACCUGGAAUUAAGGAGGAGCUAUACGUGACUGAGCUAUGAGUACAACAGAUCCCGCUGGGGAGGGUGGAGGGGGGCAGUCUGCAACGACACCUUCCACAAAUACCGAACAAAAUGUAACACCGAGUACACCGAUAACAAGCAGCGCAGUGCCUCCAGGAUCACAGCAGCAACAACAUCCACCACCAUCGCCCUUAAGUGGUUGCUAUCUACUCGUGGUGCUUCCCGAACCCCAUAUCGCACAACAUAAGGAUCUUAUUCUCAACCGUCUUGCCAAAGGUUUCCUGUCAUGGGACAAAGACAGCUGUCACGUAGACUUGGAGAAAGAAUUACAAGCGCUGAUAGCACAAGCUCCCGAAGGCGAGGAAGCUCGAAAUGGAGAACGUCUGAUUCAAUAUGCCACGGAAAACCUUGUUACGGAGGUUUUGAUACACCCGCAAACGAAUACGUUAUUACAAUGCAUUCGAAAUCUUCUCGCAAGUUUCACGAAGCAUCGACACAUUAUACAUGCUGGAUAUACGUUCGGUGGCAAUGGUUCUUGGAUUCUACAGGAUGGAACCUUUAGUCUUGCGGACUUUCUCGAUGCGUUCAGCGAACAUGAAGUGCAAAGAGUCCUUCGUGCCUACGAGAAUAGCGUUACGGUAGAUAUUCAUUGUGCGGGUGUCGGCGAUUGGACAACUACACGAUUAUCCAAAGAAUCUUGUACUAGGUCUUGCCGAGUUCGAGUAAAUCCAGAUGAUGUUUUAACAGCUGGAGUACCAACGAUCACGAGCUUCACAAAUUAUGUCGGGCAAUAUCUAAUCGCUCAAACAUUAGAUCAACUGAUGGAACCGUCCGAUGUCGUUGGAAACAUCAGGUUCAGCCAUCCUACUUUAUACGUCUUCCCUGGUGGGCAAGGUGAUGCCGCUCUCUUUGGUAUAAACGGCUUCAACAUGCUCGUCGACGGUGGUUUCGCGAGAAAAGCGUGCUUCUGGGAUUUCACGAGGCACUUGGAUCGCCUCGACGCUGUUUUGUUAACUAGGAUAAAUAAUAGUAAUAUCGGUGGCAUGUCCAGUGUUCUUCGUAAGAAAAAGGAGAUGCAUGUCUAUCCACAGAUUGGUCAUUUCUUCUGUAACCUUGUUGAAAGAAGACAAUCUCAUUCACCAGACGGCGACAAAGACAUUGAUCCUCUGAUAUUAAAUCUGAUAGAUGUCGGCCAAGAAAUGGUCGUCAAUCUUCGACACAUCAAUCUUCGUGCUCAUCCAUGCUACAGAGAUCCAGAUCCAAUCAAUCUCUAUCAUAAAGUUGGACAUGGUACUUUAGAUAUGUAUGUUCUAAGUCCGAACAAGGACAGUCGAGAAGUAAGAGAAUUCUUGGCAAAGUGGCAUACGUCGGAUGUGAAAUUAUUCGCUGGGACACAUAAAAAGGAUUCGAAUAAUUUAACAUUUCCUAUUCAAAAUCUUGUUUCAAUAUGCGCGUUACUAGUUUGGCAACCCGCUAAUCCUGAAGAUAAUAUUACUAGAAUCUUAUUUCCCGGAAGUACACCACAACAUAAAAUCUUUGAAGGAUUUGAACGAUUAAAACAUUUGGAGUUUUUGAAGCAUCCAAUUUGUUCGGCAAAGAGUCUUUCGCCAUCAACAUCAUUAGUAACUUUGAAGGACAAACCAGUGAAACAAAAGUUUGGUUUGAUCGAGAAGGAAUCAAAGAAAAUCAAAGAAAUCGAUAUUAAGAAAGAGAAAAAAGAAUCGCCAGAAAUUAAGGCACUAAAAGCUGCUGAAGAAAUAUCGACGAAGCCGGUACCGCAAUCAACACCGAUAAUACCAAUAUCGAAACCAAGAAAGAUAGAAGAUAAACCAAAGAAAUUAGCGGAGAAUAAGAAGAUCGAUGUAGAUGCUAAGGAAAAGAAAAUCGAGAAAGAAUUAAAAGAGACGAAGAAGGAAGUGAAAAAAGACUUGAUUAAAGCUGAGAAACCUGAAAAACAAGAGAAACAGGAGAAACGUGACGAAGAAGUUAGUAAAAAGGAAGUGAUCAAGGAGGAAACAGAAAAAGUAGUUCCUACGAAAGAACCAAAAGUAAAAGCUGAGCCAGUAAAGAAGACGAAGGAACCAAAGGUUAGCAAAACUAUAAAAGCGGAUGUUCCAUCGAAGGUAAAGUCACUGGAAAAAAAGAUGAAGGCACCGAGUUCAGAGAAGAAAGAUACUUCUAAAUCAUCACCGACGACACCGAAGAAGACAAUGAACGGUGUUGCAACUAAAACUGAGAUAUUGAAAACUGCACCUAGAGGACGACCAACUACAAAAGUAUCAACGGCACCGGCAAAGAGUGCCAAAGAUGCGAACAACCGAAAGGUUGUGGAGCAAAAGAAUAUUGAAAAAUCGGUUGCGAAGGAGGCACCUGUUGCAGUCGUCAAGGUGUCGGCUAAACCAAAGCCAAUGGAUAGGAAGCCGAUUAGUCGAAGGCCUAAACCAGUUAGCCCAAGUAAAGCGAGAGUUCCUGGUAGCCCUGCAAAAUCGACCCGAAGUACACCAACUGCUUCGGUGAAGUCAGACAAAGAUGGUGUCAUCAGAAAGAUGAAGGGAGAUAAGGGUACUACGGAUUCUUCAACAGUAUCCACACCUUCUGGAGUUGAACCAGAAUCAACGGUGAAGCUUGUUGAAAAAAGUCUAAUCGAAAAAUCCGAAGACAUUUCUUUGGAUUCUAUCGAAAGUAAAGUUUUAGCUGACUUGAAAGAAGAACGUGAAGUCGUUGAAGAAAUCGAGGCAGUUCUACAGAAAGCAGAGAGAAUCGAGACUAGAAAGGACGAUCGUUUUGAAGGAGACGACGAAAUUACUGCCGAAGCUACCGAUAAAAAGGAAGAGGACAUGACGGAGGAAGACGUAACCGCUGAGAUCGAAGACGCACCAAAGAAGGAAAGUUCUCGAAAAGAAAGUCAAGAAUUAACAGAAGAAGACGAAUAUUUGAUUGUUGAAAAGGAAGAGAUAUAUACUGAAGACUCUGUUCAGAGUGGUGAAGGCGAACAAAAGCAUAUUUUGGAUGAAGCCGAAUCUGAGAAGACUAAAAUAUUAAAAGAUACUAUGGAAAUAACGAAGGAAAAGGGAGAAAAAGAGGAACCAGAAAAAGGUAAAGUCGAAAGUCCAGAGAAGAAAGCAGAGAUCGUCGAAAAGGUCCCAACAAAAGAGGAAAAGAAAGUAUCGCCAGAGGAGAAACCUGUUCUUACGUCAGCUCCAGAAAUUACACCAAAACCAGAAGAUAAAGAUGAUUCUGGUAAAAAAGACAGCGAAGAAAUUACGAAAGAACCAUCUAGUUUGAGUCCAGAUAAAUUGGAUUCUUCCGAAAAAAAGACGACCGACACAGACAUGAAACCUGAAGUGGAUCAAAAAGAACAUGUUCUUGAAAAAUUAGAGGAAUCUCAGGAACGUAUUUCGACAUUGGAAUCGGGUGCCACGACUACUGCUCCGACACUUCCCGAGGAUGAACGUAUUCCUCUUGAUGAGAUAAAGGAAGAUAUCGAUGAGAAACACGUUAUCGAGGAAGUCAAAGAGAAGGAUGCUCCUGUUAAAGUUGAAAAAGAAAUUAUUCCUCAGGCUGUUCCACCGGCAAGUAAACCCGACGUAAAAGUUUUCGACGUUCGACAGACUGUUCAAGGCUUGCAACGAGACAUUGUCAAAACUCCGGAUGAAGUAGCCGAUCUUCCGGUUCACGAAGAAGUCGACCCGAAACUAUAUCGAAUGGAUUUCGAGAAGGAUAAGGAAGAAAGAAUAGUAGCACCACCUACUCAAGAAAUCAAGGAACCAGAACCAACACCUCCAGUCAAAGAACAAAAAGGUGUUUUUAGUUUCUUUGGUAAGGUAGCUGAUAAAUUUGAGAAGGGAAUCGAUAAAUUGACAAAGAAAACGAAAAGAGAGCCUGAAAAGGAGGAGGAUAAGUCAUCAUCGAAAUCUAGUUCUCCGAAGGAGGCAAAGAUACAAGAAAAGAUUAGUUUGGAGGAGGUGGAUAUGGAAAAAAUGUUCCCGAAGAUAGGCAAAGUAGCUGAAAAGCCGGAAAUAUUCGAAAAGGUUCAGCCUGUGCCAUCAGAAGUUAAGGUUGCGGCCAUCAAGGAAACCGUAGCUUUUAUUGAAGAAGAAGAAUCGAAGGACAUCAAGAGACGUAGCGUGCCAGAUUUGGAAGUGAAAGUGUCUGAUAAAGUCGAAGUUAUCACAGAGAAGCCAAUCAUUUCACCGACCGAGAAAAUUGAGGAAAAGGAAGAAAAAGAAGUAAAGGAAAAAUUCGUGAAGGAGGAAGAUCUUUUGAAGGAAGAGGAAGUUGGAGAAGACGUUGAAGAAGUAAAAGCUCUUCUUGAGGAAGCUUCGAAGAAAUUCAAAACAGUGAAGGAUAGCCUUAGAGAUUCUUUAGAAUCUUUGGAAGAAAAAAUUGAAGAAGAAGAAGACCUUUUACGUCACGAAGCAGCCCUUACGAAGGACAUUGUCAAGGAUACUUUGGAAGGAGUAGUUGAAAAAUUAGAAGAGAUAAAACCUCAGAUCGAAGGACUAGCGGAAAUAAAGGAAGCAGAAAAAGUAAAGUUCGAUAUUCCUAAGGAUGAGGAAUUUGAAGAGGAAUAUGAAAAAGAGCCUGUUGGUCCUAUCAAGGACGUUAAGGAAGCCGUCCGUGAUGUUGGUGAAGUUCUCGCUGGAUCAGCAGGUAUAGUGAUUGACGACAAGCCUAAAGAUGUCGUUGAAAUUGUGAAAAAAGUCGCUGAAGUAUUAAAAGAAGACGAUUUUCUUCCUCGCGAAUUAUUAUUCGACAAACCUUCCGAGAAGGAACUGACCGAAAGAAAGAUCUCGAUACCGAGUGAGAAAACUAUCGAAGCUGAAGAAAAAUUAGCCAAACUUGAGGACAAAGUAUUCAAACCGAUCGUAGAAGAUAUUCCUGUACCUGCAAGGAUCAGCCUUGCCAAAGAGAUUCCUACAGAAAUCGCUAAGCCUUUACCGAUUUACGAGAAACCUGGAGCGAUCGAGGUUGAAGAAAAACCUUCUGAAAAAGUUGUCAAAGAUGUAAAAGAAAUCAUUUCGCCGGUGAAAGACCAGAUCAAGGACAUGCAAGAUGUCAAAAAGAUCUGCGAAGAAAUAAUGAAGGACGAUCACAUUUACGAAGAAAUGAAGGAAGUCGAGGAUUCGACGAAAGUAGACGUGAUGAAGGCAGGUCUCGAAGAGAUUUGUAUAAAGGAUGUAGCCAAACGACCGUCUAUCAGUGAAGAACCAAAACAAAUGAUAGAAGAACCAAUUAUAACGUUCGAGCAAAAGGUAUCACCAGCAAAAGCUGAAGUCGUUAUGGUUACACCAGAUUCUGCACCGACUUCACCAAAAUUCACAACUGAGAAAGUUUACGACGAAGAAUUAAUGGUAGAACCGAUGAAAGAGAAGUUACCAGAAUUAACUGUAGAAAUCAAGGACGUACUUAACAAACAAACUCCAUUAGAAGAAAUCAUCGAAGAACUCGUGAUUACUAAGAAAAAGAAGAUCACUAUCGAGAUUAUUGAAUAUAUUACUAUUGUUAAACGUGUACCAAGAGAACGUGUGAUCUAUAUAAUCGAAGAAAUCAUCAUAAGGAAGAAACUUAAUCCAGAAAGUGUAGUUGACGAUCUUAAUCUUCUUAAAACGACUAUUACACCGGAAAAGAUCAUCGAAAUCGAGGAAUACAUUAUUAAUGAGUAUAUUACAAAAGGCAAAAGAAUUACCGUUCAAAUAAUCGAAGAGAUUUCAAUAAGGAAAGCUGUACCAAAGAGAAUCAUCAUUGAAAUCAUCGAGGAGAUUAUUAUUAAGAGAAAAAUUACAAAAGAGAUGGUAUAUGACAUUUCAAGCGAACAGUUUCGUGAUCUUCGUAAAGAAUCACCCGAGGAUGAAAAGAUGGAUGCUGUGAAAUCCGAAGUUCUAGUAGAAAAGAAAAAAUCGAUUAUCAGUCCAAAAAAAGAAGAAGUAGAAGAAAAAGAAGUUAAAGAAAAAGAAGAAAAAGAGAAAGAAGUUCCUACAACAAGAGAAGAAGAAAAAUCUAAAGAUGAGAAAGUUUUAACUCCUGAAAGUAUGGAAGAAGUCGAAGAUGGUUUCGUUACUAUUCCUUCAGGAGCAGUUUUGUUAUCUGAAGAUCGUAAGAUUCAGUUAGAAAUAAAGAAAAAAGAGGAACCUGAAAUUACAAAAGAACAUGAAAAAGACGUUAUUGAUGAUUUCGAAGCUGUGGAACAAGAAUACAAAGUUCAGGAAAUUGCAGUCACUGAAAAGAUACCACAAAUAGGAAAAGAGAAAGAAGAACCAGAGGAAGAGAUAGAAGACGAUACGAGUGACGUCAUCGAGGCCGAGGAAAAAUUCGUAAAGGAGGUCAAGGAAAAAGUUGGAAAGAAGGAUAUCGAGGACAUCGAGAUGGUCAAGGAUGUUGACAAAAUCAUUGAAAAAGACGAGACGAAAAAGAUCAUCGAUGAUAUAACCGUAGAAACGGAAACGUCCGAAAUAUCUGAGAUCGUAGAUACUACGGAAAAAUAUCUGGAUGAAGCUAAAGAGAAGCCUGAAAUAAAGGAUGUUAAGAAAGAAGAAAUAAAGGUUGUUGAAAAAGAAGUGAAAUUAAAGGAACUUGAAGUUAAGGAAGCUGAAGAGCCAUCGAUAAAAGAUAAACAGGAUGAAAAGAAGAUGGAGGCUGAUUUAAUCAAGGAACCAUAUCAUAAGGAAAGUGUUACCAUCGAGGAGGCAAUUCCAAGAAAAUUAUCAUUGGAGGUUAAGGCGGAAGCCAAAAUGGUAGUGGAAGAAAAAGGGAUAGAAGAAAUUGCAAAGGCAGCUGAAAUAAAAGAGAAAGAUGAGGAGAAGAAAGAAGUAGAAGAGUUUAAAGAAAAAGAUGUACUAAUCUCGACCGAAAUUGAAACCGAACCAAUGAAAGAUGAAAAAGUGAUUACUGAAGUAACGAGUGUUUCUGAUAAGGAGAUUACUCCUGAGAAGGAUAUUAAAGAAGUAGAGGAAAAAGAUAUUCAGCAAAAAGCUUUGGCGUUUUCACCAAAAGAAGAGAAAAAACCAGAGAUGAAAGAUAUCGUCGAAAAAGACAUCGAGCCUAUGAUAAAGGAAGUUAAGGAAGAAGUUAAGAAAGAAGUUAAGAAAGAAGAUGAGAAAAAACUUGAAGAAAAAGUUCCUAAGGACGAAAAAUUAGCGGACGCUACGGGUCGUGCUAUAGAACCUAAAGCAGAAAUUAUUGAAGGGGAAUUGGAUGAGAAAGUUGAGAAAGAAGAAAAACUUCUUAAGGAGGAAAAAUUAGCAGACGCUACUGGUCGCGUUAUUGAACCUAAAACAGAGGUUACUGAGAAAGAAUUGGAGGAGAAAGAAAUAAAACUCGAAGAUAAACUUCUCAAGGACGAGAAACUAGCAGACGGUACUGGUCGUGCGAUCGAACCAAAAGCAGAGGUUAUUGAUAAAAAAUUAGAAGAAAAAAUUUUAAAGGAAGAGAAACCCGAAGACAAAGUUUCAAAGGACGAAAAAUUAGCUGAUGCUACGGGAAGUGCAAUUGAGCCAAAGGCAGAGAUUAUUGAUAAAAAAUUAGAUGAAAAAGUUGAAAAGGAAGAAAAACCAGAAGACAAAAUUCCCAAAGAUGAAAAAUUAACUGAUGCAACAGGACGUGCGAUUGAGCCAAAAGCUGAAAAAGAAGAAAUACCAGAAGACAAGAUUCUCAAAGAUGAAAAAUUAACUGAUGCAACAGGACGUGCGAUCGAGCCAAAAGCAGAGGUUAUUGAUGAAACAAUUGAAAAGGAGGAAGAAGAAGUAAAAAUCCGAAAGAAGAGGAGUCUCCAAGAAGAGCCAACAAUCGAGAUAAGCAAGGAUCUAAAACCAUCCGAAAGCACAGAAGAAAUUGAAGUAAAAGAAGUAGAAAAAGUGGAACCAUCAAAAGUUGCAGAAGAUAGUGGAGUUGUUCAUCGAAUGUUAGUAACAGCAAGUAGCGAAGAUGGCGGACAAGAAAUGGACAUCUGUCCAACAGGAACAAUUAUUUACGCUAAACCUGUCACACCUGAUGAUUCCUUGAAGGAAGUAUCGAUCAAAACGACACCUGACAAAGAUUCUUUGAUUUUGGACAAAGAUUCGAUUCAAUCAGAAAUUAGUAUUUCUGAAAAAGAUAGUAUUUCGGAAAAAUCAGCAACCGAAAUUAAAGAUACCGAAAAGAUCACUCCUGAAGAUAGUUUGGAAAAAUCUCCACUCGAUACACGUGGUUCACAAGAUUUGGAAGACAGUUUAGAGAAACUAGACAGUAAAGUAAAGGAUAUUGAAAGUAUUUUACCUAGCACUGAAGUUGAAAAAGUUAAAGAGCUUGACAAAAAAGAAGAAAUCAUAUCUUCGGUCAAAGAUGAGAUCGAAAAGAUCAGUAAAGCAGUACCUCCAAAAGAGGAAGCUGUUAGUAAAGCAAGUAGUCCAGAAAAGGAAGUUGGCAAGAUACCCUCACUUCUAGACUUAUCCAAAGAAGAAAUCUCUAAAAUAAAGACUCCCACUUCGACACCGAUCGAAGAAAAACACGAAAAGAUACUCGAAGCUAUAAUUUCCAAAUCUCCGGAAAUUAGUCGUUCAGAAGACGUUUCACCGACCGAAACGAUAUUUGCAAAAUCGCCUACCGAGAAAAAAGUUCCUGUAGAUAUUUCGAUGAAAGAAACGAAAGAGACUGAAAUUUUGAAGGAAGAAAAACCAAAGGAAAUCGUACAAACUGUUGAUAAAGUCGACAAAUCAAAGUCACCGAGUCCUAGCAUAGAAGGCCUUGCUGACGAGAAGACUGUUAAAAAAUCGCCUGAAGAAGAAAAACCUAUUACUGCCGUUAUAAGUGCAAAAGAGAUUGAAGAAAGUAUUCUAGAUAAAGAAAAAUCUUUAAAACUAGACGAGGAAAAAUAUAAGAUCGACAAAUCUGACGUAAAAGAUAUAACUGAUAAAUCUAGAUCGCCUAGUAUCGAGAAACCUUCUGAAAAGGAACAACUCGAAAAAAUUGUCAGUGAAAAAUUAGAAAAGGAAGAGACGAUAGUUCCUGAAAAAUCGAGAUCACCGAGCGUUGUUAGAGAAGAACCAGGAAAACAAUUGGAUAUAACAAAAAUUGAAGCAAAAGUCGAUCUAGAAAAAAUAGAUCAGGUCGAGAAACCAAGAUCUCUCAGUAUAGUUAGUGACAAAGUUAUAGAAGAAAAAGAAGCGGAUAAAAAAGAUGAAUUAGAAAAAAUUGAAAAGGAAGCAAAAUUGAUUGAGAAACCAAAAUCGCCGAGUAUUUCCGAAGAUAAAUUGAAGGAGGAAUCCAAAUCACGAAGUAUAUCUCCUUCGGAAAAGAUCGAUGAGAAAGAAUCGAUCGAUAAAUCGAGAUCACCAAGUAUUACGACUGAAGAGAAAUCUGCAAGUAUUUCCGAUGAAAAAUCUGUGAAGGUUGAGGACGAUAAAUCGAGAUCACCGAGCGUUGUCAGCGAUAAAGCGGAAGAAAUCGAACGUGAAAAAUUAAAGUCAGCCAGCAUUGAAAAAGAAUUAACUGUUGACAGAUCUAGAUCAGCAAGUGUUGUUAGUGAGAUUCAGGAUACGAAAAAAAUUGAAGAAGUUAAAUUAGAUCGUGCUAAAUCACCGAGUAUGCCUGAAGAAAAACCUGAAGAAAAGAUCGUUAAAGAAUCGAUUCCCGAAUUAAAAGCAGCAGCACCAGCAUCCGUCGAUGUUUCUAGUGAUAAAAUGAAAGAUGCGAAAGAAUUAAUCAGUGAAAUGGAGAAGAUUGACGUUAAAAAAGAAAUCUCUCCUCCUGGUGAAGAAAUAAUAGUCGAUAAAUCAAGAUCACCUAGCGUGACAAGCAUUUCACAGAAAGUGGAAGAAUCGAUCGAUCGAUCGAAAUCACCUAGCAUAAGCAGUCAAGUCUCGGACGAAAAGAAACCCGAAGAUCGUUCGAAAUCACCGAGCAUUGCUAGUGAUAAAAUGGAAUUGGAAAAGGAAAUCGAAAAAUCAAGAUCACCUAGCAUCGUCGAUAAAGAAGUUUCUGAAAGUUUGGAGAAAUCUUUGAUCACCGAAGAAAAGAAAUCGAGUGAAGUAUCUCCGGUGACUAUGGAAGAGAAAGAAGACGUCAAGGUUAUCGAUAAGUCAAGAUCACCUAGCGUCGAAAGUACAAUCGAAGACAAAAGAACGAUCGAUUUAUCGAAAUCACCAAGCAUAACUGAAAAAUUAGAAGAUGACAUCAAAAGAAGUAAAUCAGCUAGCAUAACCAGCGAAAAAUCUGAAGAGAAAGCAUUAAGCGAGUUGCAAAAAUCACCUAGCAUUUCGGACGAAAAAUUGGACACUAAAGAAAUAACAGAGAAACUUGCCGAAAAAGAAAAAUCACUUAGCCCAGUAAGUUUCGCUGAUAGUAAAUCAAAAUCCCCGAGUAUUAUUGAUGAAAAAAUAAGUUUAACAGGAAUCACGAUCGAAUCGAAGGUAGAGGAAUCGAUAGAAAGAGCUAAAUCACCCAGUGUCAUCAGUGAUAAAUCGUUGGAUAAGAAAUCUCCAAGUAUCGAAGACCGUUCGAAAUCGUCUAGUAUUGUUGGAGAAAAAUCUGAGAUCAGUGAUGUCAUAGAAAAAUCUAUUGAAACUAAAGAAUCCGAUAGAAGUAAAUCACCAAGUAUAUCUCCAAGUAUUGCUGGAGAAAAAUUGGAUCUUAAAGAUGUCGAAGAAGUCUUUGAUAAAUCGAAAUCGUCAAGUAUCAGUGAUGAUAAAGUGGAUCUCAAAGAUGUGAUUAUUGAACGACCAAUCCGUGAAGAUCGUUCUGGCAGUGUCAUAAGUAUUACCAGUGAAAUCAAAGAACCAUCGGAGAAGUCAAAAUCUCCUAGCAUUUCUAGUGAAAAACCUGAUCUUGAGGAAUUAAAAGACGUCGGAGUACGAAAGGAAUCGAUCAGUAAAAGAGAAUCAAUUGAUAUUACUUUGGAAACAUCACAAAUCGUGGAAAAGGAACAGAAAGUAGAAGAUAAAUCGAGAGCUCUUAGCGUAACGAGCUUUGCUGAUGAUCAAAAGCCUAUGGCGGAUUUAGAAAAAUCUAUUGAUAUUUCCGAAAAGAUCGAAAUCGAUAGAAGUAAAUCUUCAAGUAUUAGUAGUGAUAAAUCUGAUGAUAAGAAACCGGACGACAAAAGUAGUGAACGAGAACAUUAUGAGGACGCAAUCGACGCGUCUCGUUCACCUAGUUUCACUGAAGAUAAGAGUCUUAGCAAGGAAAGUGUUGAAUCAACCUCUCCUAGCACUACGAUCGAAAAGCUAGAUCGUACGAAAGAAAAGGAGGAUUUGAAAUCGCCUGUCAAAUCUGAAGAAUUUCAUAGUCCUAAGAAAGAUAUCGAAGGGGCGAUAAUAGUCGAUGCCAAACUACCAGAAGAUCGUUCAAGGACACCGAGUGUCGCGGAGGUUAAAAUCGAUGAUAAGUCUAGGUCGGCUAGUAUCGUCAGCGAAGUAUCUGCUAAAGAAGUCAUUGAUAAAUUAGAAAAAGAACCUUUGCUGGAAAAGGAUAAACAAAAGUCACCUUCUCCAGAAACUAUCAAACAAGAAAAAUUGCCAGAAGUUGAAAAAUCAAGAAAGUCUGCUUCGCCGGAAAUAGAAAAAAUAGAAAAGGUAUUACCGCUAGAAACAGAGAAACAAACAUCUGUUUCACUGGAAGUAGAAAGCCUGGAAAAAUCACUUUCAAUCGAAGUAGAUAAACAAAAAUCGCUUUUACCAAAGUCUGAAAAACUGCCGAAAUCACCAACCCCAGAGACUGAAAAGAAAGAAAAAUCUCCUUCUCCGGAAGUUCUAAAAGAAAAGUCACUUUCUCCGGAAAUAGAAAAACCAUCACAAUUAUUACCUCUUGAAUCGGAAAAACAGAAAUCAAUUUCGACAGAAGUAGAAAAAGAAAAGUCUGUUUCGCCAGAAGUAGAAAAACAAAAAUCACCUUCGCCGGAAACGAAGACAGAAAAAUUACCUUUACAUGAUAUAGAUAAAUCAAAAUCUCCUACACCAGAAGAACAAAAGGAGAAAUCACCAUCACCUGAAAUACAAAAAGAAAAGUCUCCUUCAUUAGAAGCAGAAAAGGAAAAAUCACCAUCACCUGAAAUACAAAAAGAAAAAUCGCCGUCACCGGAAAUACAAAAAGAAAAGUCUCCUUCAUUAGAAGCAGAAAAGGAAAAAUCACCAUCACCUGAUAUAAAGAAAGAAAAAUCGCCUUCACCGGAAAUACAAAAAGAAAAAUCUCCUUCGCUAGAAGCAGAAAAGGAAAAAUCACCAUCACCUGAUAUAAAGAAAGAAAAAUCGCCUUCACCGGAAAUACAAAAAGAAAAGUCUCCUUCGCUAGAAGCAGAAAAGGAAAAAUCGCCAUCACCUGAAAUACAAAAAGAAAAAUCGCCGACACCUGAAUCUCCUUCGUUGGAACCAGAAAAAGAAAAAUCGCCAUCACCUGAUAUACUGAAAGAAAAAUCGUCGUCACCGGAAAUACAAAAAGAAAAGUCUCCUUCAUUAGAAGCAGAAAAGGAAAAAUCACCAUCACCUGAAAUACAAAAAGAGAAAUCACCGACACCAGAAAUACAAAAAGAAAAAUCACCUUUGUUAGAAGCAGAAAAAGAAAAAUCGCCUUCACCUGAUAUACCGAAAGAAAAAUCGCCGUCACCGGAAAUACAAAAAGAAAAGUCUCCUUCAUUAGAAGCAGAAAAGGAAAAAUCACCAUUACCUGAAAUACAAAAAGAAAAAUCGCCUUCGUUAGAAGCAGAAAAAGGAAAAUUACCAUCACCUGAAAUACAAAAAGAGAAAUCGCCGACACCAGAAAUACAAAAAGAAAAAUCUCCUUCGUUAGAAGCAGAAAAAGAAAAAUCGCCUUCACCUGAUAUACCGAAAGAAAAAUCGCCGUCACCGGAAAUACAAAAAGAAAAGUCUCCUUCAUUAGAAGCAGAAAAGGAAAAAUCACCAUCACCUGAAAUACAAAAAGAGAAAUCGCCGACACCAGAAAUACAAAAAGAAAAAUCUCCUUCGUUAGAAGCAGAAAAAGAAAAAUCGCCAUCACCUGAAAUACAAAAAGAAAAAUCACCGUCCCCGGAAAUACAAAAAGAAAAGUCACCUACGUUAGAAGCAGAAAAGGAAAAAUCGGCAUCACCUGAAAUACAGAAAGAAAAAUCGCCGACGCCGGAAAUACAAAAAGAAAAAUCUCCUUCGUUAGAAGCAGAAAAGGAAAAAUCACCAUCACCUGAAAUACAGAAAGAAAAAUCGCCGUCAGUGGAAAUACAAAAAGAAAAAUCUCCUUCGUUAGAAGCAGAAAAGGAAAAAUCACCAUCACCUGAAAUACAGAAAGAAAAAUCGCCAACACCGGAAAUACAUAAAGAAAAGUCACCUUCGUUAGAAGUAGAAAAGGAAAAAUCACCAUCACCAGAUAUAGAGAAAGAAAAAUCGUUAACACCAGAAAUACAGAAAGCGAAAUCUCCAAUAUCGGAAAUUCAAAAAGAAAAGUCUCUUUUGUUAGAAGCAGAAAAAGAAAAAUCUCCAGUAACAGAAAUGGAGAAACAAAAGUCUCCUACGCCAGAAAUCCAAAAAGAAAAAUCCGCUUCACCAGAUGCAGAGAAGGAGAAGUCUCUUGCGUUAGAAAUGGAAAAAAAGAAAUCUCUUACACCAGAAGCACUAAAAGAAAAAUCACUUUCCCCAGAAAAAGAAAAAGAAAAAGAAAAAUCUCCAAUACUAGAGACGGAAAUAGAGAAGUCUUUAACGUCAGAACUACAAAAAGAUAAAGCGCCUUUACCAGAGAAAGAAACAGAAAAAGCAAAAUCACCAAUGACAUUAACAGAGAAGCAAAAAUCACCUACACCAGAGGCAGAAAAAGAAAUAUCUCCACCACCAGAAAUACAAAAAGACAAAUCAGUUUCAUCACAAAUAGAGAAGGAAAAAUCUCCUGCUUUAGAGGGAGAGAGGCAAAAAUCUCCUACACCAGAAGUAAAGGAAAAAUCACUUUCCCCGGAAUUAGAAAAAGAAAAAUCACUUUCUCCAGAAUUAGAAAAAGACAAAACUCCUCUUCCAGAAACUGGAAAAGAAAAAUCUCCAUCACCAGUAAUAGAAAAAGAAAAAUCUCCAGGAUUAGAAACAGAAAAACAGAAGUCACUUUCACCAGAAAAAGAAAAAGAAGAAUCACUUUCGCCAGAGAUAGAGAAGGAAAAAUCUCCAGUAGCAGAAGUUGAAAAGGAGAAGUCAUCGUCACCUGAAAAAGAAAAAGAAAAAUCUGUUUCGCCUAUUGUGAAAAAGGAAACAUCUAUUCUAUCAGAAAAGCAAAAAUCGCCAUCACCUGAAGAAGACAAAUCCCUUAUGAUAGAAGAUAAAAAAACAAAGCCUUCUACUCCUGAAGAACAAAAAGAAGAAUCUCCUACAUCAGAGGCACAAAAAGAAAAAUCUCUUUCACCGAUAUUAGACAAAGAAAAAUCACCUUCAGUUGAACCAGAAAAACAAAAAUCUCCUUCACCAGUAUCAGAAAAGGAGAAAUCUCCAGCUGCAGAAGCAGUUAAACAGAAAUCGCCUUCACCCAUACCGGAAAAGGAAAAAUCACCUGUAGCUGAACCAGAAAAACAAAAAUCUCCUUCACCAGUAUCAGAAAAGGAAAAAUCACCUGUAGCUGAACCAGAAAAACAAAAAUCUCCUUCACCCGUGUCGGAAAAGGAAAAAUCACCUGUAGCUGAAUCAGAAAAACAAAAAUCUCCUUCACCAGUAUCAGAAAAGGAAAAAUCACCUGUAGCUGAACCAGAAAAACAAAAAUCUCCUUCACCAGUAUCAGAAAAGGAGAAAUCUCCAGCUGCAGAAGCAGAUAAACAGAAAUCGCCUUCACCCGUACCGGAAAAGGAAAAAUCACCUGUAACCGAACCAGAAAAACAAAAAUCUCCUUCACCAGUAUCAGAAAAGGAGAAAUCUCCAGCUGCAGAAGCAGAAAAACAAAAAUCUCCUUCACCAGUAUCAGAAAAGGAAAAAUCACCUGUAGCUGAACCAGAAAAACAAAAAUCUCCUUCACCCGUGUCGGAAAAGGAGAAAUCUCCAGCUGCAGAAGCAGAUAAACAGAAAUCGCCUUCACCCGUACUGGAAAAGGAAAAAUCACCUGUAGCUGAACCAGAAAAACAAAAAUCUCCUUCACCAGUAUCAGAAAAGGAGAAAUCUCCAGCUGCAGAAGCAGAUAAACAGAAAUCGCCUUCACCCGUACCGGAAAAGGAAAAAUCACCUGUAACUGAACCAGAAAAACAAAAAUCUCCUUCACCAGUAUCAGAAAAGGAAAAAUCACCUGUAGCUGAACCAGAAAAACAAAAAUCUCCUUCACCAGUAUCAGAAAAGGAGAAAUCUCCAGCUACAGAAGCAGAUAAACAGAAAUCGCCUUCACCCGUACCGGAAAAGGAAAAAUCACCUGUAGCUGAACCAGAAAAACAAAAAUCUCCUUCACCAGUAUCAGAAAAGGAGAAAUCUCCAGCUGCAGAAGCAGAAAAACAAAAAUCUCCUUCACCAGUAUCAGAAAAGGAAAAAUCACCUGUAGCUGAACCAGAAAAACAAAAAUCUCCUUCACCCGUGUCGGAAAAGGAAAAAUCACCUGUACCUGAACCAGAAAAACAAAAAUCUCCUUCACCAGUAUCGGAGAAGGAAAAAUCUCCAGCUGCAGAAGUAGAUAAACAGAAAUCGCCUUCACCCGUACUGGAAAAGGAAAAAUCACCUGUAGCUGAACCAGAAAAACAAAAAUCUCCUUCUCCAGUAUUAGAAAAGGAGAAAUCUCCAGCUGCAGAAGCAGAUAAACAGAAAUCGCUUUCACCCGUAUCGGAAAAGGAAAAAUCACCUGUAGCUGAACCAGAAAAACAGAAAUCACCAUUACCUGAAAUAGGAAAAGAAAAAUCACCGUCAAUUGAAUCAGAAAAACAAAAAUCGCCUUCACCCGUAUCGGAAAAGGAAAAAUCGCCAGUAGCUGAACCAGAAAAACAAAAAUCACCAUCACCUGAAAUAGGAAAGGAAAAAUCUCCAGCUGCAGAAGCAGAUAAACAGAAAUUGUCUUCACCCGUAUCGGAAAAGGAAAAAUCACCUCCAACAGAGACAGAAAAACAGAAAUCACCAUCACCUGAAAUAGGAAAAGAAAAAUCACCGUCAAUUGAAUCAGAAAAACAAAAAUCGCUUUCACCCGUAUCGGAAAAGGAAAAAUCACCAGUAGCUGAACCAGAAAAACAAAAAUCGCCAUCACCUGAAGUAGGAAAGGAAAAAUCUCCAGCUGCAGAAGCAGAUAAACAGAAAUUGCCUUCACCCGUAUCGGAAAAGGAAAAAUCACCUGUAACUGAACCAGAAAAACAAAAAUCUCCUUCACCAGUAUCAGAGAAGGAAAAAUCUCCGGCUGCAGAGCCAGAAAAACAAAAAUCACUGUCUCCAGAAGUAGAAAAAGAAAAAUUUGUUGCGUUAGAAGUAGAAAAACAAAAGACUCCUUCUGCGAUAGCGGAGAAAGACAAAUCUCCUUCGUUGGAAGAUGCAAGGCAAAAAUCGUUAUCUCCAGAAAUAGAAAAAGAGAAGUCUCGUUUACCGGAAGCAGAGAAAUCAGAGAAACUUAUAUUCUUAGAAUCGGAGAAGGAAAAAUCUCUUACAUCUGAAGUAGAUAAGCAGAAAUCGGCAACAGUAGAAAAGGAGAAAUCUCCAUCUUUGGAGAAAGAAAAAGAAAAAUCAUUAUCACCAAUGACAGAAAAGGAAAAACAAAAGUUAUCUUUAUCAGAAACUGUGAAGUCUUCUCCAGAGAGCGAAAGGAGAGAAAGGUCUCCAACUCCAGAAAGUGGAAAAUUACGAAAAUCAAUAUCGCCGGAAAUAGAAGAUAAAACCAGGUCACCAACCGGUAGUGAGAAAAAAUACGAAAUCGAUGCACAUUUAUUGAAAGAUGAUGUGGACGAGAACGUUCCAAAAGACAGGUCACGAUCACAUAGUUUAUUUGAACCAGAAGAGAAAACACCAACGACUCGUUCUCGUGCAGCAAGUUUGUAUGAGGAUAAGAUACCAGACAAGUUAAACCUUCAAGAAGGAGUAAAAACGACUUACGAUGAAGAAGAAAAGAAAAAACCAUUAGAAGAAGAAGAUGAAGAAGAAGAAGAAGAAGAGGAAGAAGAAUUUGAGUAUAAAGAUAGACCAAAAAGAAGUACAAUUGGUAUUACCGGAUCGAUUCACGAAGAAUUUGAAGAAGUUUAUUCUAAGAGAACUAGUCAAGCUAAAGAUGCUAAACAACUUCCCAAACAAGAUAAAUUCGAAGAUGAGGCAGACGAUAUUAUUAAAGUGACUGCCGAAAAGGUAGCAGACAUUGAAAAGUAUAUCGUCGAUGAGUUCUUGAACAAAAAACAAAAGAUUACAAUAUCUGCGAUAGAAAUAAUCGUUCUUACUUAUGCGGUACCAGAAUUUACAGUGAUGGACAUUAUAGAAGAUAUUCUGAAACGGAGAAAUCUUCGUAAGGAAUCAGUAUUGGACUUUGUCGACGAGGAAUCCGAUGAGAAAUCAAAAUCGAUGCCAGCGGGAAUAAAACUGGUGUCGACUGAAAAAAUGAGAGAGGUUGAAAAUUAUAUAAUCAGUGAAUACGUUGAUAAAAAUAAAAAGAUCACUAGUAAGAUCCUAGAGGAGAUCGUUUCUUUGAAAGGUAUUCCUCGAAAUUUCCUCAUCAUGAUAAUCCAAGAGAUAACUAUUAGAAGAAAAAUUCCAAGUGGCUUCAUUAUGGAUACUGAGAUUUUGCAAGAGUCAUUAAGAAAGACACCGGAAGAUGAAGAACUUGCUAAGAAGAAAGAGAAGGACGAAGAGCACGAUAAGAGUGUACGAGAUUCAAAGAGCCCAAGUUUGAGUUCGGAACCAAUCCCUUCGGACAAAUCCACUCAAGAUAGUCCGGUUCAUUCAGAGCCACACAUCGACGAAGAAAUUUCGAUUUCUGAAGAGAAACGUACCGAGAUUGAACAAUUUCUGGAAGAAGAAUAUAUUAAGAAAGGACGAAAAAUAACCGAAGUCAUUCUGGAGGAAAUAAUCGUGAGAACUUCUUUACCAAGAUACAUUAUCCUCGAAAUCAUCGAAGAAAUAAUUAUCAAGAAAAAACUAUCACGUAAAUCUAUAAUCGAUGUUGAAAUCUAUCACGAGGACGAAUCUGAAAGUUACGAUAAACUUGAAUAUCAAUACGAAAAGUCAUCAGAAGUUGGACUCUCCGAAGCUGAUAGAAAAAUGUCUGGUGAGUACAGAUUAGGAGGAUAUGCGGAAUCAGCUGGUAGACAAAUGGAAAAAUCUAUUCCAAGUUAUCCGUUAGAUUACGAGAGUCAAUUUCAUAAAGCUUUCGUUGGUGGAAUGACAGAAAUUCGUACGACUCAUAUAACAACAUUGUCUGGAAAAUCGACUCCAGAUUUUGCUACUCGUGACGGUACACCUGACUCAACGUCUGAACCUACUGGAUCCACCGUUGAAAGAACGGAUGAUAAAGGAAUAAGACUAGUUGAUCGAAUUUCACCUGAUAAACAACAAAUUCUGAUUUCUAAGGGUGAGAUAACUGUUCAAAAAGUUGAAAUAUUAAAGGAGAGUAGAAUCGGUGAACAAGAGAUUCCUCCUGAGAAAGAUGAAAAGCAAAAAGAAGACGAACAAGUGAUCAGAAAAAUAAUCAAAUGUGAAAUUAUCGAAGAGGAAGAACCAGAAAUCGUAACGAAAGUAAUUAAAAAAAGAGAAAUAAUCGAGCAAGAAGAACCAGAAAGUAUCGAUGAAACGUUAAAGAAAGAAACGGUAGACCAAACUGAAUCUCGAAUAACGACGAAAGUCGUGAAACGUGAUGUGAUCGAAGAUGAAAGUGAGUCAGAAAUUAUAACCAAGAUAGUGAAACGAGAAAUAAUCGAGGAAGACGAACCUGAAGUAAUUACCAAAGUGAUCAAGAGAGAAAUCAUUAUUCCAGAAGAGAAAAUGUCUGAUUUCCAGGAUCACGAGAUCGUGAAAAGAGUAAUUAGUAGAGAGGAAACGCCAGAAUCAGUUGAAACAAUAACAACAAAGACCACAAGAACGAUCGUUACAGAGGAACUUCCAACAUCAAAAAUAUCUACUUCCGAUCUUGAAAAACCAGAACUUUACACGUACACGAUAUCACAUGAAGGUACAUUAGAGAAGAUUGAUACAUCUAGUUUAGGUGCUACUUAUAAAGUAAUCAGUCGAGAUAGUACGCCAGAAGUUUCGAAGAGUGCCGAGGUUAAAAGAAUCGUAACAACAGUUACGACGAUUACCGAACCUGAUGGCAAAGUUACAACAAAGAAAGACGUGAAAGAAAGUAGCGAUACUGUUGAUAGCGAAGAACUCUUAGAGAAACUCAUUGACUCUACUAUUAGUGAAAAGACUGGUAAAGUCACAACGACUGAGACGAAAACUACUGAAGGAUCGAAAAUGGAGAAGGUUAUCAAGGAAACAAUAACUACGAUGACGUCAACAUCUGGUACAUCGACACCAGAUGUAAAAACUUUCUAUGAUUCUGGUAAAUCGACUCCUGAUUCGAAAUUUGAAGAGAAGUCGGAUAUCAUCGGUAAAGAUCAUUUGGAAAAGGUUGGAAAAUUAGAACAUUCGGUAUCACCAUCAGUACGUGAUUUGGUAUCAGACGAGAAAAGUUAUUCAGGAAAAUCCUCACCGGAUAUAUCCUUGCCAAAGGACAUCGUUUAUAGUGGCUCUACUGGCAAAUCAACUCCGGAUAUUCCAGUUUCUCCAUUGGUUAGGGACGGUGCAGCAGUACAACCACUUGUAUCUGGAAGGUCCACACCUGAUAGAAGAUCAGAAGGUCGAUCGACGACCGCGACGCCUGAAGGAUUUAGAUCAGGCGAAGUAAUUCGAACGAUCAUUACCACGACCAGGACUAUGUCAGAUGAUGGUGAGAUCAUUACAACUACUAAAGAAGUUACGGAGGCUACCAAUGAGAAAGGUGAAACGAUAAUUUUGGCUGAGAAAACUGAUGUUAAGGUUGAUGAUCGUUUGCCAACCAAGGAUACUGCAGAAAUGGCGAUCAGUAGCGCAAUUGGUAGCAUAAAAGGUUCAACGGAGUUACAACGAACAGGGAGUGCCAGUUCCGAUGCCAGCAGUGACAAGGACAAUAUAAGACCAGUCAGUCCUCGUAGUGAUCAGAGCAGUAUUCAUACCAAAGCCUCAACUCAUGUCCUUGGUAGCAGCGAAGAAAGACGAAUGACUUAUUCCGACGAUGAACCACCUAGUUCUCCUCUUUCUUUGACAUCACAACUCGGUUAUUCUCCACAAUCGAAACAGUACGAGAGUUCUUCGGAGAAGGAAGAAGAAACGCACAAACCCAUCGAAUUUUCUGCUGCGGCCAUGAGCAGUAGCUUUUAUGGCGAAUUACCAGCUGUACCUCCGGCGAUGAAGACGUUCCAAGAAAGUGGUUUGCACAAGAGCAGUGAUCCCAUUUCCACUCCAGGUGACUUCACUUUCAAGAAAUUUACUGUUGAGAAAGAGUAUGCUGGUGGUUACGGAGAGAAACAUGAUACUAAAAAAUAUGUUGACGAAGCUGAUCUAGAUUUUGAAAAGGCUUUAAUGGAACGGAAGGAAUUAAAAGAAUCAGCUGAUUUCGGUAGCACCAUAGCACCUAGAUAUACCAAUGGAAAUCUUCGUCAAGAAUUAACUCACGAAUCGAUGAAGAGCGAUCAUUCGUCAUCUUCAUUGGCCGACGAGAGUUCUGAAAGCAAAAAAGAUUCAAAGAAAGACCCAUUGGAAGGAUGGGGUACACCUUUAGGUUUACCAUCACCCAAACCACCAAGAAAGUUCAAUCUUAAAAAUCCAACGCAACCUUCAAACGAAUUCUCAUCGGAUAAUCUUAAUUUCGACGUAACCAGCAACUGGGGUGAACCUUUGAGAUUACCUUCUCCAGCACCGGUAACCACAGAGAUUUCUAAUAAAGGAGCACCCGGUACACCGAAAAAAGACAGAAAACAAGCCAAGAAAGUUCUUUCGGAGAAUCUCAAAAAUAAAAAACGUUCCGAGAGUCCUGGGAAAAAUGAGAAGAAAAUGAAAGAUUCUAAGAACAAGGUUCAACCGGUUUACAUGGAUCUUACUUAUGUUCCUCAUCAUGGUAAUUCUUAUUAUACGUCCUUGGAAUUUUUCAAGAGAAUUCGUGCGAGAUAUUACGUCUUCAGUGGCACGGAACCAAGCCGUGAAGUUUACGAUGCCUUAUUAGAGGCUAAAAAGACUUGGGAAGACAAAGAUCUCGAGGUAACAAUGAUUCCAACUUAUGACACCGACACUUUGGGUUAUUGGGUUGCCGAUAACGAAGAAGCCUUGGCUGCUAAUCAUAUAGAUCUAUCACCUUCGGCCUCACGAUGCACGAUCAAUCUUCAAGAUCAUGAGACGAGCUGCAGCGCCUACAGGCUCGAAUUCUAGGGAAUGGCAGCCUGCUCAGCCGUAAUAGUCGAGUUCUGAGCGGCUACCGGAUAAACGCUAAAAAUCCUCUAGUCAAAGUCCGGUGCUAUUCCCGCCAUCGAAAAUAGAAAAGAAUCAGAAGAAGAAGAAGAAGAAGAAGGUUGACUAUUUGUCUUCCUUUUGCGUGUGUCCCGUAUCGUGAUUCCUCCAAUCUUCUCCCCGGCAUCCCGAGGAAGAUGUGCUCGAGAUCUUUUCGCAAUUGUAGCUUUUACCAGAUACAUCUUUCUCUCUCUCUCCCUCUCUUUUUCACUCUCUCUAUCUCUCUCUCUCUCGUUUGAUAUUAAAAUUAUUAAUAUCAAAUUAUUUUCAUUAAAUAGUUAAGUUUUUAAGAAAGCACUAUAAAUAUCGUGACAAAUAUCUUAUUCAAUCUUUCUUGCGCUGGGAAAGCGCCAUUUAUACAUCUUACACAUAUACAUAUAAAAGCUCAUUAGAAAAUACAUACAUGCAUAUACGCACGUACAUAAUCUUACUUAUCUUUGUCUUACGCAAUUUCUGACCGCGAACGUUUCGACGUUUGCCGAGGACGUUCGUGUGUAUCGUAAAAAUAUUCUGCCAAGUACUAAUGAAAGGCACCGAGCUAUUCGAUUAUUACAAAAAAAGAGCAUUAAUAGAUA